AUGGCGUACGAGUCUCGCGCAGGUAAAGUCGGCUUGUGGGCGGUUUCGGAAGCGGAAGACUGGAGAGGAGACCGGAAGAUGAGGAAGCCGCUGGUGGAGAAGAAGCGGCGCGCGCGCAUUAACGAAAGCCUGCAGGAGCUCCGGGGUCUGCUGACCGACACCGAGUUGCAUGCAAAGCUGGAGAACGCAGAAGUGCUGGAGCUGACGGUGAAGCGGGUGGAGAGCAUCCUCCGGGACCGGACACCUGACCCAGAGGCGGACAGGAUGGGUGGGGAGGUCAGUGAGCGCUUCACCGCGGGAUACAUCCAGUGCAUGCACGAGGUUCACACCUUCGUGUCCACGUGCCCCGGCAUCGACGCCCCGGUAGCGGCGGAACUUCUCAACCACCUGCUGGAGCGCCUGCCGUUAAACGAGGACCUGCAGGGCGGCAUCUUUGAUCUCGGGUCCGAGCUUCUGUCUCCUACGGGAGCGCGCGCACCGGCUCUGUCCCCGAACUCCGCCCUGGAGGAGACCUUCAGCGGGUCAGCUCCGGGCUCGGGGGGGCGGGAGGAGGAGCAGGAGGACCGGAGCUCCGCCCCUUACUGCACGUCCUUGUGGAGACCGUGGUAGAGCCACGAGCGCACCGGAAACACCUGUACACUGACGCAAUAACCGGAAUUAAUUAAUGCAAAUCAACAAAAAAUACUUUACACAUUUUAGGGAUGCUGCAGCACAUCAGGUUUAU